UAAGGCGUUUUGUUAUAUGAAAUGUCUGUAUAUUCAGUAAUUUUAAGAGUAAUAUUUGUGUAUAUUGAGAUCUAAAAGUAUAUUUAAGAACUGUAAGGUGAAAUGAAUAACACUAUUGACGAUUUCUUCAAUGAGAUUAGUGAUCUCGAGCAGUCCAAGCAAUCAAAGCAGAACCAGUCAGUUUGGCAAGAGUGUUAUGAUGAACUUACGGGUUAUUCAUACUACUGGAAUACCAAGACUGAUGAGGUAACAUGGACUACCCCUGCAGAUUUUAAAUCAGUAAAAGAUCAGAAGAAAGGGAAAAUGUCUCCUAGGAAAAAGGAGUUGUAUGUUCCUCCUAGAGCGGCACCAGUACUACCAAGCACAAGCGCAAAAGUGUCUCAGACGUCCAUUAAAAUAUACUCCAUUGGUGAUAAUUCGAAGAAGAAAUUUCCUCCCGUUCAGAGUAACAAGGCAAAAACAGUAGAAAAUAGGAAAUCAGAGAAGAAACCUUUUAGAAGAGAUAGUGAUUCUGAAGACGAAAAAAUUGAACUGAUCUCGUCUUAUGGAGGCGAUACGGAAUCCGAAAGUGAAGAAUCUGAUCUUCCCAUUCAAAAUGAUGUUAGUGAAAAAACAAAAGGGAAUGAUAGCAAUCUCUCAGAUGACGAUGAUGUAGAUAUAUUAACAAAGAUACAGAAAAGGGCAAAAGAAUUAAAAGAAAUGGGGGGAGAUUUGCCGCCAGAGUUGGCGAAUGUCGUAGAUGCCCCAAAAAAUAACGGAAAACCUUCCCCAGAAAGGGAAAAAAAAUCCGCAAGUUCCUUUUCUUUAGUUGCUGGAUACAGCGACAGUGAGGAGGAACAGGAAAGCGAAGAGGUCAAGUCUAUAUUUCCUAUUCCUCCCGAACCACCGAAAGUAGCACAUAGCACACUAUUUCCAAUCACAAAACCGAUAGAUGUGAAAGACUUCUUGCAACCACCCGAAAGCAAAGUUGAAACUCCCAACAAUGAUUUCGAUUCAAAGGCGUUUCAGAGAAAAAGGCGCAUUGGUGUCGCUUUGGUAAACACCGGCAAGAAAAAAGAAGAGAAUUUGGAUGAAUUAGAGACCGAAGCAAGAGGUUUGGGGUUUAAGAGCGAAGAUGCCACAACACCAAACACUAAAGACAAUAUUUAUGCGGGAUUCAGGAAAGGUGGUGUUAUGUUCGUGAAGUCAGACGUAUUAAAUCCAUCUUUACCAAAAACUGAUGACUCAGGAAACGUGGAGACCAAAACAGAGGAAGUAUCUAAUGUUAAACAGGCUGACUUGGAGGAGGUUUAUUCCACGUUGAUGGAAAAAUUGGGGUUUUUGAGUGAGGGAAGGCCUCUUGUUUCUCCUGUGCAAAUAAUGAGUAUACAAGCUGAGACACUAUUCACUGCUAUGAAAGAGAACGGACUAAAGCCGUCUUAUCUGCAGAGAUGGUUGAAUAACACCCACGCGGACUUGAACAAAUUAGAGAAAGAUGCGGCGCCGGAAGGGUGGCUUUUGCAAUGGGAUAGAUCGCAUAAGAGGUAUUACUACCAAAACCAGACGACGGGGGAGAGCCAGUGGGAAUAUCCUCAGCCUGACAUCUCCAGGUGUGACGAGGCCAUGGACAUUUCCACCACUCCGCCACCCGCCGAACCGACCAUACACCUGUCACCUCCCCUACCUCCCAUCAUCAGGAGUCCCACCCCACCCCCUCCCCCUAUUAUAAGCCGGAAGGACGAGGAGGACGUCAAGACCAAAGUGCCAGACGUUCCUUUGCCUCCCGAACCAGUAGCUCCCGCCAAAUUCUUAAACGACGGUGAGCCGUUACCACCCGGAGUUGAUUUACCGGAAAUCAUUGCUUAUAAUAAACCAAAGGAAAAAGAGGCAAAGACAGCCGAUCCUCUGUUUUCCGCUUUGGAUUCCUUUUACUCCGAUAUCGCCUCUAUGGAGAAUCCAAAUUCGUCUUCCCCUCCACCUCCCCCACCCCCCGCAGAGGACAGCAAAGCACUAUCGGAUCCUUCAGUAGAACCACCCAAGAAGAAGAAGAAGACAAAGGUGAAACUGGCUCCCGGUCUGGCCAUGAAGAAGAAAGGAGUUUCCCAACUGGUAGAAAAAUGGAAAAAUGUACAGCAACAUUAUAAUGAUUAAGUAAUUGAUGUAAAUAGUAUUAUAUAUUUUGUCUUUUUAAUAAAUUAUUUUAAAAUUAA